AUGUUACCAUACUAUUCAUUGGAAGAUUCGCUAAAUAGCUUGUUCUCUAAUUCUCAAUAUCAAUAUUGUCUUUUGACAAUAAAUAGCAAUUGUGUUAGCAUUAUUAAAACUUCUGAAGGGCUUUACAAAGUUUUUGAUCCUCACUCAAGAGAUACUUACGGUAUUCCUGAUCCAAAUGGUAAAUGUGUUUUGGUUUCAAUUGAUAGCAUAGGAAAUUUAGUAACCUACUUUCAAAAUACUAUACCUGUACGAAGUGUGACACCAUUUGAAAUAAAAGGUGUAACAGUUGAGCUAAUGGCAUUUGAGUCAGCAGAACAAACAGACACUUCAGGUCAAAAAGCAAAUACAAAUAGAGCUUCUUACAAAAGGCGACAAACAACAGAGAGUGCAAGUCAUAAACAAGCUUGGUUGGAAAAUGCUAGGAUCUACAAAAAGAGAAAACAACCCGAGAAAGAAGUAAGAAAUUUACAGAAUCAGGGUGAUUAUCUUGAAAGGUUUGACAUCACAAAUGGUGGUAUUUAUGAACAAGCUUGGGCAAAAUUUAACAUGCAAAAGUUUAGCAAAUCCAUUCAUUAUAUUGUAGCCAAAUGCACAAUUUGUAAAGAAGCAUGGCCUGUAAAAGCAUCUUCAAAAAUAUCUGAAACAUAUGUAUGCCAAAGGUGUUCUAGAGAUAAGAAAUCUCCAAGAAAAUUUUCAUUUGAAAAUUCAAUGAUUCCAUCCCCUCAACCUGUCCAGUUACAGGGUUUGACUCAAGUGGAAGAAAUGUUGAUUGCUCAAGCUCUCCCAAUUAUGAGAGUUUAUAUUAAGCCUGGUGGGCAGAGGGGUUACUCAGGUCAUUGUGUGAAUCUGCCACAAAAUAUUACAGAGCUGGCAACAUCAUUGCCACGAUAUCCGAGAGCAUUAUCUGUAAUUCUGGUUAAAGUGAAAGGUAAAAACAAUACAUUUAAAGAUGUAAAAGUAAGAAGAGAGAAAGUACAUAAUGCAUUAUUGUGGUUGAUACAAAAUAAUCCUCUUUAUGCUGAGUUAGAAAUAGAUACUGAUGCAUUGAAUUCUUUACCAGAAAAUGGUGUUCCAACUGAUCUCAUGGCUGUUGAGACUGAAGAUGAUAUAAUUAACGAUAGUGACAUGAUGCCUGAUGAAGGCCCACUUACUGAUAACCCAGAUGAGGACAUUGUUUAUAAUAACUCCACAGAAUUAGUAGUUUUCUACCAGUUGGUGAACAGAAAGUACAAGAAAAGGAAGCUGUUAGAAACCAGCUGUCAGGUAAUGAAGCAAUUGCAUGGCCAACAGUUGGAGACCAAGCUUUAAACGAAUAUCAAAUAUCUUGCCUAGCCACAAUGGCCUUUCCAACAUUAUUCCCAGAUGCAAAAGGGGAUCCAACUAAUGAAAGCCUUUUGAGAGAUGUUUCUUUUGCAGAACGAAUUAAACAUUUAAUUAAAUAUGGUGAGUUCAUUGAUUCAAAAUUUUCAUAUUGGGCGCUUAAUAUGAUUCACAGAAAAAGAAUUUUGCAACAGAGUGGAAUAUUUCUCAAGCAAAAUCCAGGUGAAGCACAUCUCACUAUUGAUGAACUACGUGAAAUGGCUGCAGGUAACAACUCAGCUGCAUUCAUGUCCAAAAUAUCAAGAUAUAUUGGAAAUAUUUCAGGUAGUAAUGCAUAUUGGAAUAAAGUUAGAGAGGAACUGGAAGCUAUAAUCACGAAUGUUGGGGCGCCAACCAUUUUCUUUACAUUUUCAUCAGCUAAUAUGCACUGGCCUGAGUUACACUCUUUACUGGGAACUGAUACAGCCAAUUCUAGCAUUGAUAUAAGACGACAAAAUGUAAUAAAUAAUCCACACAUUGUGGACUGUUUUUUUACUCAAAGGCUAGAAUGUUUUAUUAAACACUGGCUUUAUAAUACCCUAGGUGCAAAAUGGCACUGGUUUAGAUAUGAAUACCAAGGUAGAGGUAGUAUUCAUUGUCAUGGUACUGCUAAACUAAAUAAUGACCCAGGCUUGUGUCAACUUACUCAGACUCAGACUGCUUUGAAAGGAUUCUUGUCUCAGAAAGUCAAAGACGAGAAUAGUAUCCUAAUUGACACAACAGAACUCGAUCAGGAUAUUGAAGCUGGUCAAAAAGCAGCUGACACAGUAUGUCAGUAUGUUGAUUGGUUGUUAUCAACUGUUAACCCCAACCCACCAGAUGAGAAUAUCUGGAUACGACCAAAUAUUCACCCUUGCCAAAAAUGCCAUGGUGAUAUUACUGACGAGGAACAAAAUAGUGAUUAUAUAGAUCUUUUAAAUAUGGUCCAGCGACACACUCGCUGUAGCACAAGUUACUGUCUAAGAAAGAAAUCUAAUGAGUCAGAAUUAAAAUGUAGGUUCCAUUUUCCUUUUGUUCACUGUCCACAGACUAAAUUAGAGUUUGAGAAAGUUAAUAGUAAGGAUGACAACAUCCAUUAUAAAGCAAGAGUUGUUACCAGACGAAAUGAUUCAAGGGUGAAUAAUCACCAACAAGUGCAGUUGCAAGGCUGGAGAGCAAAUUGUGAUAUACAGGUUGUAAUUGAUCAUUAUGCUUGUGUUGAAUAUCUCGCAAAGUAUGCUGCUAAGGGUGAACCAAGGUUAUCUGUUCUUAAAGAUGCAUUUAAUAAUAUCAUGCAAAAAGUCGGCAAUAAUAGUGAUCCUCACAGAGCUAUAAAAAAAGUAGUAAUGAAAACAAUGGGUGAAAGAGACUAUGCAGCUCAAGAGACCAUGCAUCAUUUGUUGUCCUUAAAACUCCACAGCUCUUCAUUUGAAGUCAUUCCAGUAAGCCUUAAUGGUUCACGAAAAGAGUACGUGACAGUUCUGCUAUUGAAGAUGGUGAUUCCUGUACCAAUGAUUCACUACUUGACUUUUAUGCAAAUCGGGAACAGCUUGAUAAUUCUCGUCAUAUUAUGAACAUGAAUUUUGUUGAGUUUGCCACAAGUUUCAAAGUUGCUAACAAUAAAUUAACAGAGUUGCCUGAACAUGUUAUAUCAAGAUUUUUUCCAACUUAUUCGCCUAAUCCUAGAGGGUCAAAUUUUGCCCUUUAUUGUAAGUAUCAACUACUGAGAUACAAACCUUGGACAAAGACUCAGAGUGAUGUAUGGGGUGGCCAAGAAAAUCCAACAGAUGAACUUUUAAUUGAUGCUUGGAAAGAAUAUUUGCAAACACCUUCUGCGCAAGAGCCAGUGCCAGACUGGCUUGAGAAACUACAGUGUAUUGUUCAGAGUCAACAUGACACUGGUGAUCAAUCUUGUGAUGACCAAGGCAAUACUAGAGAAGAAUGGAUGAUCUUAUCUGAUCUUAACACACCAUUUGAGAACUUGGAGCAACUACCAGUAUUAGCAAAUGAAUGGCACCAUGACACAAAUCACUAUUCUGAACAACAAGUUAAUGAAAUGCCAACUUGGAUAAAAACCAUGAGACAAGAUCAUGUUGUUAAUGCUGACUAUGAUGUUGUCGAUAUAAACAGUUUCAGUGAAAUGCAGAAACUAGGUUAUGAUAUUGUGAAAAUGUUUCAUUACAGAAAAACCCACUGUGUCUCAUUGUUAUUGGUGUUGCUGGCACUGGUAAAAGUUAUCUUAUCACUGCUCUUCGCAAUCUUUUACAAACUAAAUGUGCUGUUACUGCAACAACUAGUAAGGCUGCUUAUAAUAUAGGAGGUAUUACUAUUCAUUCUUUGUUAAAGUUGCCAAUUGGAUCCCGUGGAAGAAAUGAUCUUACAGGUCAGAGCUUGUGCAGACUCCAAGAAUCCUCGCAUGGAAUUGAGUAUAAUAUUAUUGAUGAAUAUUCUAUUCUCGGACAAGUAACAUUUGGUUGGAUUGACAAACGUUGCAAACAGGCUACGGGGUUUCACAAUAAAAUUCUUGGUGGAAAGUCUCUUAUUCUUUUUGGUGAUCCAGGUCAGUUACCACCUGUGGCAGACAAACCGCUCUACCAUGCCAAACCAUCAAGUGCUGUUGGUGAACAGGGGUUUCAAACUUACAGAAUGUUUGAUAGAGUUGUUAAGCUUACUGUCAAUCAGCGAGUGCAAGGUAUGAGCGCAGAACAAAUCCAGUUUAGAGAAUUGUUGCUGAGGCUUCGAAAAGGAGAAUCCACGGUUGAUGACUGGAAAUUAUUGUUGACACGUCAGCCAUCUGCUGUCACAAAUUUGUGUGAUUUUCAGGAUUCCACUCGACUACUUUACAGUAAUGAACAAGUUGCAAAUUACAAUCAUCAGCAACUGACCAAACUUAAACAUCCAGUUGCUCAAAUUCGAGCAUGCCAUUCAUCUGCAACUGCAGCAAAAAUACCAAGUGAAGAUAUGUCUGGUUUGGAACCAAUAGUAUUUUUAGCAAAGGGUGCGAAAGUGAUGCUGACCAUGAAUUUGUAG